AUGGAUGGCCAUCACAAUUUCUACGGUAUUUCGAGUAUUGAUCAGCGUUACGAACUUCCGGUAUGGCUUAUCCCCAUCAUUCAAGUUGCCCGGAAGACGCCACUUAACGGCAUGGACCAUUCAUUCUACCGAAAUCUGCAGACUCUCGACAUAGAAAUGCAGUUCAGUUUCGAUACUAGCCUGGCCUAUCUGUUCUUACUGCCGACGCUCCAAACGCUUCGUCUGAGUUGGAUGGUUAGUCAGAUUCCAUUCGAGGACGAAGCAAAUUGGCCAGUUAAGAGCAGAUCAUCGUCAGUUGCUUCGCUCACACUUGAUGAAGCCGAAAUCUCUGGUACUCUUAUCAGACUUUUCAUCACCUCCUGCAGAGAGCUAUCAUGCUUCAAGUACAGUAACGGGUCUGUGGAAGAAAUGCCUCUGAGCUGCUCGGCAGAGAUCAUGUCUGGUCUUGCGCAGCAGCAAGACACGCUGCGUACUCUAUAUCUUGAACCUCAUCAAAGGGGCGAAUACGACUAUGAAGGCAUGACCCUCACGCGCAUCGACGGCUUUCACAAACCGUAUGCACUAGAGAGACUCUAUACGCCGUUCUGGGCUCUCCUUGGGAAACCUCAAUCAACGUACACUGGCGAAGGAAGUUGGCAGUACCCGCAAAUGAGAGAUGUGCUUCCACCCCGACUGCAAGAGCUAUCGUUAUACAUAUUACCUAUCAUGUUAUCCCAAGAGUACAACGAUGGCUACCUCAGCCUCUUCUCUAGUGUCUUACCUUCAGAUACGAAAGAUCUCUACCUAAAAUGGGUCCACGUGGAAUGCGAAAAUGUGUUAGAGUGCGCACCGUUGCCCUUCGACUUUUGGAACAUCAAGAAUGUCUUCCUGGAACAAGGAGUUGAUUUUGACUACAUAAUAUGUGGCUAUGAGCACCUCUAG